AUGGUUUCUCUGGAGGGAUACUGGGCCUAUUUGGUAAACUGCUCUCAGUCUCUCAUACUGGAUCAUGGCUGCUGGACAUCAGAAAGUGGGAAAGACCUGAAGGACAUUAUAAUGGUCAGAUUGAGCAAUCUGCUUUUAAAGAGUCUGGAUCAGAUUGGAUCUUGCAGAGCACUGCGAAUUUGCUUCUUGGCGGACAACUUUCUGACCAGGAUCGAAGCUCUGAUGGAAUGCACUCGCUUGGUGAAGUUGGAUCUGAAAGGAAAUCAGAUUGUUCAGCUCCCUGAUGCUUCAUGUUGGAGUCAUCUGAAAGAAUUGCAGCUUCUAUAUCUACACGACAACAACAUGUCAACUUGGAACAAUAUUAAAGGCCUGUCUGGCUGUUUAAACCUGACUGCUUUAACUCUCUGUGACACCCCGCUCAGUUUAAAGAAGAGUUACAGACACUGUCUGGUCAACAGUAUAUGGUCACUGAAGGCCUUGGACAACUUUGUUAUCUCUGAUGAGGAAAUCAUUCAAAACUGGUCUCUUCCUAUUCGAUUCAAGGCCAUGAAUCAACACUUUUAUGUCAGUUUGUACCAAACUAUAAAGUCGGAUUCAUUUGAGACAGAGAUGAAAGCAACAUAUAAAAUAAUUUCUGACAUAAACAGGAUUCAGGCUGUUUAUUCCCCUACACUAAUUAUACAGCGCUGGAUUCGAGGUCAUUUAAUUAGAAAAAGUCUUGGGCUUUGCAGUACAAAGAAACCGAUAACGUCUGAGAAACCAUUCAUUUCCAUGCCUUUGAGCACAGAAAUUGACCAGGUACAAUCCCAGUCUCAGAAAACAAUGGAGGAAGACACAGAUGACCACCCUGAACUAAAAAAUGAAGAGAGAAAAACAGAGAUCCAAAGACUUCAUGUGAACCUUGACAAACUGAUGCAAACUGGCUUCCAGAGUUUUAGGAUUUCAUUUUUUAGGGUGUAUCUAAAUGUAGACUGUUCACUUUGUAACUUUUACACAGGUUAUACAGAAUGCUGCAGUGUUAAAUCAAAGGACAGUCAACAAGAAAUAAAAGCACCAUGCAACACUCCUCAGUGCAGUCAAAGUCUGAAAUCUAAGGCCCAUCUAAACACACUUGACCCAGAUAUCAGUGUGACUGCUGAGGUCUGUAAUGAAGAAACUGAAGAAGGAAGCUUUCGUGUUUUGGGACUAAAAGCUUUGGUCCACCAGAGUGAGCCACUGAGUGACAUGUUGUGGUCCCGUAAAAGCUGCAGUCAGAGACCAGGUCCACAGCCACACUCUUCUGCAACUAUUCCAGGGAAGCGCCUGAUUGGCUGUUGCCAUGACAAAAUCAGCCUCACCCCCUUCGAAGUCAUUGAAAGAGUCCAUCGCAUUGAUAAAGCCAGAAUGCAGAGACACCUUGAAGAGAAGGUAACGGAGCGCCAGAUAGACCGUGAAGUAGCCAAGGGCCGCCGAGACAUCUUUACAGAAGCUCGAAGGACAGAUAUACGUCUGCGGCAGGAGCGGGAACGAGUGGAUAUGGAGAAAACUCUUACUCUACAGAGAGCCAAGCUGGAGCAGGACAUCCAUCAUGCACGUCAGAAACAUGCCCGCUUUUUGGAAGAGAAGAGGAUGAGGAUCCAGGAGCAAGAGAUGGUUUGCAGUUUCAGCCAACAGCACAACUCUCUAGCGAGGGCCAUGCUUAGAUACCACACAUGGAAACGUGGUAACCAGCAAUGAAUGCAUGAAUGUUUUUAACCAAACUCUCAGUUUAACAUGACAUUUACACAUUGGUUAGUUAGAACCCUUUGUGUACACAUUAGCUUCAAAAACAGAAUAUACUGCGCUGUAGUAUAGAAUAGUCUAAUAAUAUAUUACAGUACUCAUAAUACUAUUUAUGCAAAGAUUAUAUUAUAGACAUUGAGAUCUGCUCCUCUUUUCAAAAUCAAAAAUAUUGCAUAACAGAAAUACCCCCCCCCCCAUAAAAACUCCCCUAAUACACAACCACCCCCAAUUAAGAAACUAGUAUUAAGAAACUAGUAGCCACCAACUUUACAUAACAAGUAAUUCCACAUUAUCUGGGUUAUUAUUACACACUUUACAUAUUUAAGAAAGAUUAACUGAAUGGCAUGUUUUUAGCAGGAGAACUGAUUCAAAUAUCAAUAUUCUUUGCUAUGUUUCUCAACAGUUGUAGUAUAACAGGAGGAUCUUUAGCUUUUUAUUGAAUAAAGAUGAGCUACACUAAAUUGCUACAUGUAACAGUAUUUAUUUAAAAAGGUCCUGUCCUACGAAUCAGCAGUGUUAAAAUCAAGGCAUUGUUGUGGCCUGACAUUAAAUGGCAGAGUCUAACAUCCGUCACUAACUAGACUGAAAGUCUAUGCAAACGUGAUUGUGCAUGUCCCAGGAAGUACCACAUAUCGACCCAUGCCACCCAUUUGAAGUUCAUUCGUUUUAUUUUGAGUCCUCUGAGUCAUUGAGAAUGACAACAGUGCAAUAUACUUGCUUUAGUCUUCUGGAAGUGGCAUCUGCAGAGAGUUUUACAUUAUUGCACAAUGACCCUAAAUUCUAACUUAAAAGGUGAAAUAUCUAUCAAAAAAAAAAGAAAGAAAAAAAGGGAAUUAUCGUUUA